AUGUCGGGCAUCCGCAGUGCCCUGACGUCUGCCCUCACGGGAGUGGCGCAGACGUUCAAGCCCAAGGUCGCUGCCGACAGCGAGGCGUUCCCUUGCCUGGAUGUGGAUACUGUGACCAGUGAGAUGGAGUCGAUGGCCAUCAACGCUGCCAGGAUCCCGAGCAGCGCCCCAACGCAUGUCGGGGCGGACCAGGUCGAGUACACCCUCAGUCCCUACGGUCGGCGCUCCGGGACGGAAGCAGUGCCGUCUUCGCUGAGCAAGAACAGCGUGAAGUCUAAUUUUCUGACCCAGGACGUCAUCGGCAGCCUGCCCAAGGGCCUGACCAGGACGGAGAAGGAGGCCGUGGCAGCAAGCACCCCGCUGUCCCCCUCCCUCAACCUCCUCAACUCCCUGCCCAAGGGCCAGGUCUUCAAGCGCUCCGCCGCGGGGGUGGCCCUGCGCCGCAGCGUCCUGCGUGGCUCCGUCAUCGUCUUCAUUACCGCCGGAUACACUGGCAAACGCUUCAUCUUCGAGCGUGCCAAGGAGCUGGGCGUGCGCAGCCUGGUGGUCGACGGGCCAGACUCCUGGGCCAAGACCAUGGAGGAGGAGGGCGUGAUCGAGAGGUUCAUCCCCCUGGACAUGUCUGACUCAGACACGGUACUGGACCGAGCCCUGGAGGCCAUCCUGGCUGCCAAGAAGGCCGUGGGCGGCGACCUGGACGGCGUGCUUUCCUUCUCCGAAAUGGCCCAGCCCCUGGUGGCGCGCCUGGCCGAGAAGCUGGGCCUGCAGGGCCCCAGCCCAGAGGUGGUGGACGCCGCGCGAGACAAGUUCGCCACGCGCAAGUGCAUGGAGGCCGCUGGCCUGCCCACGCCCCGCAACAUCCUGAUCGAGAAGGCCGAGGACAUUGAGAAGGCCGCCGAGCACGUGGGCUUCCCUGCAGUCAUCAAGCCCAUCUUCGGCGCCGCCUCCAUCGGCGUUGUGCGCGUGGACGACCUGGCAGGCCUGCGCGCCAAGCACGCGGAGGUGUGCCGCCAGAUGUCCAGCGCGCGCGUCGUGGACGGCGCGCUGCUGGAGGGCGACGGCGAGGAGGAAGGCGGGAACGCGGGGGGCUGGAUCCAGACCACGCUGAUGAUGGAGGAGUACAUGGACGGCCCCGAGGUGGACGUGGACGUGGUGAUGAGCGAGGGGCAGGCCGUGUACGGCGCGGUCACCGACAACUGGCCCACGCUGGAGCCGUACUUCAACGAGACGGGGGCCAACUCGCCAUCCAUCCUGCCCAGCGCGCAGCAGCGCGAGCUGCUGGAGCUCAGCGUGAAGAGCGUGCAGGCGCUGGGCUUCAGCGCGGGCGUGUUCCACGUGGAGUGCAAGUACACCUCCCGCGGCGCGCGCCUGAUCGAGGUCAACUGCCGCAUGGGCGGGGGCCUGGUGCGCAACACCAACCUCCUGGUCUGGGGCGUGGACCUGGUGGAGGAGGCGCUGCUGGCUGCCGCGGGCAUCCCCUCCCGCCCCAACGUCGCGUCGCGCCCCCUGCGCUGCCUCGGCGAGUACCUGGUGAACGCACCCAAGACCGGCGUGCUGGGCGACCUCGGCUUCCUGCGCGAGUUUGCCGAGCGCAAGGGCGUCCUGCUGGCCAAGCCCUGCGUCGCGCCGGGGUCAAAGGUGGUGUGCGUGGCUGACGGCAUGCCCACCUGGCUGGUGGAGCUGCAGGUGGAGGCAGACACGCCGCGCGCCGCCGUGGCCCUGGCCGAGGCGCUGAGCAAGGAGAUCACGGAGCGCAUCCCCAUCCACUGA